CGCCGCCAUUUUAACAGGCUUACGGAAAGAAGAUUGUCACAUCGCCUUGAAAUAUUUAUACCUCGUUGUAUUUGCUUAGUUAGCGAGAUCGAAGGCCUUCCCCGCAGGCUUUUUGUGAUAGUUACAUUUCUACCACAUUUAAAGUUGUGUGUUGUACUUUCUGAACAUUCGAUUGCUAGUUCUUUUAGAAAAAUAGCAUUCGCAAUGCCGAGCCACCCGCUGCGCGUGGCGGUUGUGUGCUCGAGCAACCAGAACCGCAGCAUGGAAGCGCACAACAUCCUCAGGUAACAUUACUGGACGAAAACUAAACAACGACGACAUACUACGAAGCCAGCACCUUUGAUUUUCAGCGGCCUGGGUAUUUUACCUGGCUGAGAGCUCACCCUCUUCAACACAACAAUGGGCUCGCUACGCAGACCGCGGUCUGUUUCCGGCAAACGACGCAUUUUAUUGCAAUACACAAUAAUGACUAACUUCCAUAUUUACAAGACAGAGACGUGUGCUUAAUUUUUUCAUCAAGCUCAACUUGUUCCCAGUGUCACACAUGGCGAUAAAGCAAAUUAAUUUUUUUUCUCGCCGGUCUACCGGAAGUAGGGCAUUUUUAGUUCAAUGCAGUGGCCAUCCGCAUAGCAUAUAGUGGAAUCGGUGAGGGUAACCAGAAGUGGUCUAGUGAUAAUUUUUUGUGUUGCUGUUGGUCAGAGGGAGAAGGCGCUCAGAGUUAAACAAAUGGGGCAAAUAAUUGUGAAUUGUUUCGCUCUCAAGAAAAGGGUGCCUUUGAAAGGAGUGAUUACUGGGGUAGCAGUAAAUGUAAAAGUUGACCAACUGAAGGGGAAUAUUCCCGGUGUUUGUGAUACUCGACGUUUGGUGCGACGCAAACAGGGUGGGGAAACAGAAGAGUCAUUGUCUGUUCUUUUGAGUUUUGAAGUUGAGUCUUUGCCUGACAAAGUGAAGUUAGGAUAUAUAACUUAUCCAGUACGCGCUUAUGUGCCGAAUACAUUACGAUAUUACAGGUGUCAAACUUAUGGACAUGUGGCAGCAGUGUGUAGGAGGGAGGUUCCAAGGUGUGAGAAGUGUGCAGAACGGCAUGAGACAAAGGAAUGUGUAGUAUUGGGGAAAGCAGUGGUAUGUGCUAAUUGUAGGGGUGGCCAUGGGGCUGGGGAUCAGACAUGUCCAGUGCGAGAGAAGCAGGUUGUGGUUUCCAGGGUAAGGGUAGAGAAGAUGUCAUAUGCGGAGGCAGUGAAGAAAGUAGAGGGGGGGGGGGGGGGGGGAGAGUAGGAGAUAUAUACCAGUACAGUGGGAUAGGCAAGCAAGUGAUAUGUUUCAGUAAGAUUGGGGGUUUUAGCGUUUAUAGCAAUGGUUAUUAAUUGUACUGCAGGAAUGGAACGUAGGUUGAAGAAAAUUGAGGUUGUGGUGGCAGCUGCAGAGAGGUAUUUGGGUGUGCGAGACUUGACAUCAGAAGAGUUACAGGGAGUGUUAAGUGGUGAUGUCCCAUCAUUUCAGGUUGAGGGCAUGAGGUAGGAAUGAAUAUAUUUAAAUAGUGGAGUAGGGUGGUGUUAAUUAUUAAUAAUAUUUUUGCAUUUGUGAGUGUAGUGUUAGAUGGUAGGAUAUUAAAAAAAAAAUCUAGCAAAAUAUAAGGGAGUUGUACUCCAGUUUAGUAGGUGGCGGUUAUGCAACAAAUUGGAUGCCAACCGCCGUUAAACCUCAUCGAAGAAGAACAUCCGCAUAGCCGCAGUCAGUCACUAGCUGGAGGUAGCUAGAUCAAACUCUGUGGCUAGAACUAGGCAACCAACCAGUCAACUACCUGAAAUUGUAAAAGGAUGGUAACAAAUAGGGAGACCUGCCAUGCAUCACCUACAAUUUACUUUCAGGUUCGGGAUUAUUCCAUGAAAGCGUCAUAAAGUAAUUGUCACUCAGCCUCUACAUUCAAAAUUGAGAAACUUUUUAGGCAGGGUAAAGGCCAAAUCAAACGCGAACGAGCAUUGCUUCGUGUAGACGCGAGAGAAAUAGACUUGCUUUCUAAUUUGUAGCGCAUGAAGCUUUUGACGGCGUUGUCGCUCACGAGCGGUGUGUUUUCUGUCAUUCACUACCGUGCAUUCGAAUUCCAGCGUGUUCACGUUUCGUUUGAUUCGGCCUUUGUACACACUGGAAUUUGAAUGCAUGAUAGUGAAUGACAGAAAAAAAGACGGGCUGUUGAAAGCGUCAUGCGCUUCAAAUUAGAAAGCAAUUCUAUUUUUCCCGCGUCUAGGCGAAGCAAUGCUCGUUCGCGUUUCGUUUGAUUUGGCUUUAACACUAAACAAAUGUUAGACUAAUUUGUAAUUUUACUGAGUGAAAAAAAAAGAACUGGAAAAUCUCAAUGCAUGGAGAGAGCCUGCCUAUUGGGGAAUGACUCCUGUGAUGGGGCUCUUGAGAUUAGAUUUUCAUGUCUUGUAUGUGCUUGUCUGUAAGUAACCAUCUUUCCCCCCUUCAUUCUUUGUCUAUACAGCAAGCGAGGCUUUGAAGUGCGCUCAUUUGGGACAGGGUCCCAUGUGAAGCUACCGGGUCCCGCACCGGACAAGCCCAAUGUGUACGACUUCAAAACCACUUAUGAACAGAUGUACAACGACCUGGUCCGCAAGGACAAGGAGCUGUAUCCCCUGCACUCUUCCAUUCACACACAGACACAACAUAAACACAGCCCUACCUCUUGUUUCUUUUCUCCAGUGAGUUAUUCUCUUUAUCUUCACUGGAAAAUAUACAAAAUUAGAUAUAUGAAAUUAUUAAGGGUGACUGAACAGGGAAGUGUAUUUCAUAGUGUUGCUUGUUGGGUGAUUUUGUAGUAAAGGAUGUACUUCACUAACCUGAUCUCAGAUCUGUUUGUGCUCUUGCGAACACCAUUGCUGCCCAUGUCAAUCCGAACAUUGGCGUGACAGUGAAUGACACGAAGUUGGUAUGAUAGCACAUACAGACUGCCACUCAGGCUAGUCCAUUACAUCUAUUUUUGAGAUUUAUCACAUGCUGUCACAAUGCUUUUUCUAACAACGAGUGGGGUUCAUGGAAGAUUUCACUUUCAGCAGGUUUCAACAUGUAAACAAGUAGCCAUUUACCCUCUAUAACCAGGUAGGUUGUUUCUGGGCCCAGAAACCAAAACUUCUAGGGAACAUAUCCCAGUCUUUCCAUAUCAAGACCAGGAUGUAGACUUUAAACAAAAGAGAAGGGCUGGUUUGUAGAGCACUAUAUGUAUUCGACCCAACUAGUAGUCAGUGUAGUUUUUAAAUCUUGCAUUUUGAUUGGCCAAGGGCACUAUUUUUGAAUGUGAACAUAAUAGGCAUACAUUCAUACGACAACUCUGGAACCCACAUGGACCAACCUUAACUGGACUCCUCCCUUUACAUCUGAGGAAAUGUGAUAGGUUUAAGCACUAAGGUGAAAAGGUGGUGCAAUUACCAUAUUGUAGAUGCCUAUUAAAUCCUCUCAGAUCUACUGAAGUACAUGGUGGGGUAGGGGCUAGCAAUAUAUUUGGGAUUCAGCGUAAGGCUGAAUUAUUUGAGACAGUUCAGUGUUAGAAGGCGUGCUCACUAGUGUUUUGGGGUGGGUAUGGUUUAAGAUGUAUUUUAAAAUGUACAAAAAAGUAUGUUUUUGCGCAAGGAGAUAUCUGCAUGCUAGUAAAAAGAAGGGGGUAUAUAUUAGUUGUUAGUGGGAACACCAUAGCACUCCUUUCACUGCCCAAGUUACUAUUUGGGAGUAUACAAGAGUGGGCCCUUAUCCUUACAAUGCAGCCAAGAAUUUGAGAUAUUUUCUUGACUACUCUCAAAAAUAGCAAAUUUUCUCACUUUAAAAUGAGUAGAUAAUGAAGGUGAGUUUAUCUAGAAUAUUGCACUGGUAGUUCAAGUUAUUAGAGGCCAGUUACAAUCAGAGUUAUUAGAGGUUGUUAGCAAAAAUGUGUUAGAAGCUUCCAAAGAUCAAAUACUCAGAUUUCGUUUUGUAUGAGUUUUGGCCUCUAGAGGGCGUUGUCUGAUGAUUCUCAGUGACUUGACUAACCUUGUGUCAUAUAUUUUCAUAGAUCACUUAGUGUUUGAGGUCUUGUGUGUUGGUCCCUCGUCUUGCUGUGUUCCUUGACCCUCAGCACCUCAGAUACACACAGAAUGGAAUCCUGCACAUGCUGGACCGCAACAAGCGGAUCAAGUCCCGACCGGAACGCUUCCAGAGCUGUAAGGACCAGUUUGACCUGGUCAUCACCUGUGAGGAGAGGGUCUAUGACCAAGUGCUGGAGGGUGAGAGGGGACCAGGGACAGAAGGGGGGCUUCUCAUGUCAAGUUGUGAACUAUCAAAUAGAAAUGGAGUUUAAUGCAUGUGAAACACAACAGAAAUAGUGAAUACACUUACAAUAAAGCAUGCAUAAUUACUAAGUUACAGUCUAGGGCUAGGUCACUCUGGCUUCAUGUUGAUCGACGAUCACUAUUCUCCCCAAUCUCUCCCACUUAGACCUGAGCUCUCGGGAGCAGGAGACCUUCACGCCGGUUCACGUCAUCAACGUGGAUAUCCAGGACAACCACGAGGAGGCCACACUGGGGGCUUUCCUCAUCUGUGAGCUGUGUCAGUGUGUGAGUGUCUCUGCCUGCCUGGCCACCAGCAACCACUAUCCCAGGGUUACACUGUUACAUUUUAGUCAUUUAGCAGACGCUCUUAUCCAGAGCGACUUACAUGAGCAAUUAGGGUUAAGUGCCUUGCUCGAGGGCACAUCGACAGAUUUUUCACCUAGUUGGCUCGGGGAUUAGAACCAGCGACCUUUCGGUUACUGGCACUACGCUACCUUCCGCCCCACAUUGUCAUAGCAUGAAUGUCAGGGAUAUACAGUGGCUUGCGAAAGUAUUCACCCCACUUGGUAUUUUUCCUAUUUUGUUGCCUUACAACCUGGAAUUAAAAUGGAUUUUUGGGGGGUUUGUAUCAUUUGAUUUACACAACAUGCCUACCACUUUGAAGAUGCAAAAUAUUUUUUGUUGUGAAACAAACAAGAAAUAAGACAAAAAAACAGACCUUGAGCGUGCAUAACUAUUCACCCCCCCCCCCAAGACUGUUUCCCUCAAGACAGGUUUCCUUGUAUUUAGCACCAUCCAUCAUUCCUUCAAUUCUGACCAGUUUCCCAGUCCCUGCCGAUGGAAAAACAGCCCCACAGCAUGAUGCUGCCACCACCAUGCUUCACUGUGGGUAUGGUGUUCUCAGGGUGAUGAGAGGUGUUGGGCUUGCGCUAGACAUAGCGUUUUCCUUGAUGGCCAAAAAGCUAAAUUGUAGUCUCAUCUGACCAGAGUACCUUUUUCCAUAUGUUUGGGGAGUCUCCCACAUGCCAUUUGGCGAACACCAAACGUGUUUGCUUAUUUUUUUCUUUAAGCAAUGGCUUUUUUCUGGCCACUCUUCCGUAAAGCACAGCUCUGGCGUGUACAGCUUAAAGUGGUCCUAUGGACAGAUACUCCAAUCUCCGCUGUGGAGCUUUGCAGCUCCUUCAGGGUUAUCUUUGGUCUCUUUGUUGCCUUUUUUAAUGCCCUCCUUGCCUGGUCUGUGAGUUUUGGUGGGCGGCCCUCUCUUGGCAGGUUUGUUGUGGUGCCAUAUUCUUUCCAUUUUUUAAUAAUGGAUUUAAUGGUGCUCAGUGGGAUGUUCAAAGUUUCGGGUAUUUUUUUAUAACCCAACACUGAUCUGUACUUCUCCACAACUUUGUCCCUGACCUGUUUGGAGAGCUCCUUGGUCUUCAUGGUGCCGCUUGCUUGGUGGUGCCCCUUGCGUAGUGGUGUUGCAGACUCUGGAGCCUUUCAGAACCGGUGUAUAUAUACUGCGAUCAUGUGACACUUAGAUUGCACACAGGUGGACUUUAUUUAACUAAUUCUGUGACUUCUGAAGGUAAAGGGUUGCACCAUAUCUUAUUUAGGGGCUUCAUAGCAAAGGGGGUGAAUACAUAUGCACGCACCACUUUUCCGUUAUUUAUUUUUUAUAAUUUUUAGAAACAAGUUUUUUAUUUUUAUUCCACUUCACCAAUUUGGACUAUUUUGUGUAUGUCCAUGACAUGAAAUCCAAAUAAAAAUCCAUUUAAAUUACAGGUUGUAAUGCAACAAAAUAGGAAAAACACCAAGGGGGAUGAAUACUUUUGCAAGGCCCUGUAUGGUAGUAUGGGUACAAACUCCUGUGGUGCUUAGUGGCACGUUGUUGCUACAGUGGGAAAUGUAUUCCGCAAGAUACAUAGUGUAUCUGAAGAUAAUGAUUUGGGACGUAGAUGUGCAAAUUAUGUUGGUGAUAAAUACAUACAUAAUGUUGUAUGUGUAAGCGGUAUAAUGUCACUGUAAUUUUAUUACACUGAGCCCUAAAGUGUAUGGAUGUCUUGCCUUGACCCAUGUAGCAGGUGUUGUAUGUCUGACCUUCCCUCUCUCAGAUCCAGCACACGGAUGAUAUGGAAAAUGAGAUGGACGAGCUGCUGCAGGAGUUUGAGGACAAGAGCAACAGGCCUUUCCUCCACACUGUCUGCUUCUACUGA